UAAUGAACUCAAUCCGCAAACUGUCAUCAACCUUUCCCAAAAUAUCCCUCAUAAACCCCACUGUCUCCGCCGCCGCCGUGCGCCGCCAACUGUCGACCAAAAGCGGCAACGAUGAGUGGAACGAUGCUUGGGAAGCCGCGUGGCUGCCCGACGAUCUUUCCGGUAAAAAUCGAGCCCCAUGGGAAGCCGACGUAAAUUUCGCAAUUUCCGAUGAAAAUACCGAAAUUGCCCCUAGGGUUAGUGAAGUUGAUGAUGUGGAAACUAAAGCGUUUGUUGAGGACAUGAAUGAGAAUUGGCACUUAAGAAAAGGAAAGCAACAGAAAAAUAGUACUAGUAGUGAUAAUGGAAAGGAAAGUUCCCAGCUUUAUAGUUUGGAGAAUAUAAAGAGGGAUUAUAGGUUGAAGAAGCAAAGAGUACAUGCUGGUUUGUGGUUGAAGGAGAUUGAGAAAAUGGAAGAGGCUAAGCUUGGUGGCAAUGCUGAUGAUAUUGAGAAGCUUCUUGAUAGUUGCUCAGAAAUUUUUGAUGCACCAAAUGAUGAUUUAAGCAAUUCAAACAUGACUUCGGAGUUCAAAAAUAAACCUGAUGGCUGGGAAACAACUUCAAAAACGCAAGAUGGGAAUAUAUGGGAGAUGUCACAAAGAGAAGAAGAUAUCCUAGUCCAAGAAUUUGAACGCCGAAUUGCAUUCAACAAAUUCCAGAUUGCCAGUUUCAUUAAAACUCAUAUAUUUAGUCGGAGGAGGCCUAUAGAUGGUUGGAAGUAUAUGAUAGAGGAGAUCGGACCAAAUGCCAGAAAAGGGAAGGGCAGUGUUUCAAGGUUACCUAGCAUAGCAGAUGCAUCAACUCGGCCUUUCAGGGAGGAAGACACAUCGUCCGACACUACUUUCUUCUCUAAUCGGGGGAGAUCUGGAAGGUAGUAACAACAACAUACCCUGUAUAAUUUCACCAGGUGGGGUCUUGGGGGAGUGCACGCAGACCUUACCCCUACCUAGUAAAGGUAGAGAGACUGUUUUUGGUAGACCCUUGGCUCAAGGAAAGAUGCAAAGGCAGCAGUAAUAACGGACAGCAAUAAUGAAAGGCAGAAACAGUAGGUCUGGACGGUAGCAUUUUGUAAAUUCUUGGUUCUUAGAACAGAGUGAGAUUGCGAAAUCUGGGUAUGAAUGUUGUAAUUUUUAGCAUUGAAUUUUUAAGUUAUAUCGAAUUUACAGUGUUUUCCAUAGGCCCUAUUGGAAAUCA